AUGAAGUUCAACGCUUUAAUCGCCAUCUCGGUACUUAGUGCAGCCGCCUCUGCACGCCCUUCCUUCGAUCGCAUCCGUCGCGCCGCAUUCGACUUGAAGAAUGGCCAAGAUGCCAUUGCCUUGAACAAUCAGUUCAAGACCACCAAGGAAGGAUCACCUUGUCAACAAGGCGAACUCAAAUGCGUAGGCGACAGGUUCGCACAAUGUGUGAAUGGCAAGUUGCUCUCGCAAGCUUGUGCUCCAGGAACGAGCUGCGCCGCCAUUCCUCUUGAUAACAAGCCUGGAACAUUGGUUCAAUGUACUACGGCUGACGAUUUGGCUACUCGAUUGGCUGCCACGGGUGCCGUCGACGCAAACGCAGGAGGCAACAAUGCGAACAACGACCCGCAGACAUCAUUGACUCUGGAUCCCAAGGUGAUUGCGAAUGGCUUCGCGAAUGACGGUCAAGAUGUUCCGGCUGCCGGUCAAGUCGCAUCCCUUACAUCUACGAACAACUUCAUCAAUUUCUGUUUGACCGUUCCUGAUCUCCCCAUCACCAACGGCCAACAAAUUACGAGUGGAUCAUGCAACCCAGCUCCCAUUGGUGUCAUCCCCAGUGUUGACCUCAUGCCCUCGUCGAAAUUCACGUUCCCGCCCAACUUGGGCACCGUCCCCGCCAACAAGGCCUUCACCAUCUCCAUGGCCGUCAAGAAUCUCGAGACAGGCAACUUCGUCAAUGCUCAAGCGAACUACUUCGCUGCGCCACAGCAGUUGAACGGACAAGGCGUGAUCAAAGGACACUCACACGUCGUGGUCGAGAAAAUUGAUUCAUUGACUUCGACUCAAGUUACCAACCCGAAGCAAUUCGCGUUCUUCAAGGGUUUGAAUGCAGCGGCGCAAGGUGGUAUUCUGACUGCAGACGUCGCAAAUGGGUUGCCAGCAGGCGUAUACAGGCUCUCCUCUAUCAACAGUGCGGCGAAUCACCAACCGGCUAUCGCCCCAGUCGCUCAGCACGGAUCUUUGGAUGAUAUCAUCUAUUUCACUGUGACUGACGGCGCACAAGCCGCUGGGGCGAACGCCCAGGCUGCUGGUGCCAACGCUGCAGGCAACGGCAAUGCAGCCAAGGCCAAUGUUCAGGCUGCCACUGCUAAGGCUGCUGGCAACGGGAAAGCAGCUGGGAAAGCAAAGGCUGCCGGGAAGUAA